AACCGUAUACAAUUACUCCCGUUUAGCAUCGAUAGACAGGAACGAAACAAGGCUAUGGAUAGCACCACCGUGGAGCCAAGUGUUGCCCUGGAAGCUGGGGCGGAGCAGCUGUCAACGGCGGCAGAAUCGGUGAAGAAGAUGAAGAUACUGGUGGCGAUAGACGAUAGCGACGAAAGCUUCUAUGCACUGGGAUGGGUUCUUGACAACUUCUUCAAGCAACCAUUGGCAUUGGAUGUGCUCACAAUUGUACACGUGAUUGAGCCAUUCCCCAGCUACGUCUUCCCCGGCGCACCCGCUAUUUUCCCAACAACUUCACUACAUUCUGUGAAAAAAGUGGAACAACAAAAUGCUUCAGCGAUACUCAAUCAUGCUCUGCAGAUUUGUACUGAGAAAAAGGUAGAAGCAAAAAGUUCACUCCUUGAGGGAGAUCCAAAGGAAGUGAUUUGUGAAGCUGCAGAGCUCAUGCAAAUGGAUCUUCUUGUUGUAGGUAGCCGUGGACUUGGAAUGAUCAAGAGGGCUUUCUUGGGAAGUGUUAGUGACCAUGUUGCUCAUCAUGCAAAAUGCGCCGUUCUCAUUGUAAAGCCAUCGAAAGAAUCCCAAAAAUAGUUGUAAAAAUGUGGCUUUGAAGUCUUCACUUAUGUGCACGAGAUAGUUAUCCCAAAAAUAGUUGUAAAAAUGUGGCUUUGAAUUCUUCACUUAUGUGCACAAGAUAGUUACUCUUUUCAUAGCUCUGCGAAAAAGGAUUUGAUCGUCUUCCGUUUUACUUUAUGCUUAAAACUUAUUUUUGGCCGCA